CUCUGAUGACCGAAAAGCAAUUCAAAUUUCUUUUCUCCCACUUCCAACGCUCUGAAGCCUCACUCCAUUUUUCUCAAAAAAGAAACAACCCUCGUAAACCCUAAACCCCCCCCCCCCAUCAAAACAGUGGAAGAAAAAGAGAAAAAAUGUUCUCACCAGGAUUGAAGAGAAGCAAAUUAAGCUCACGAAAGGAGAGAAAUCUAGGCCAAAAUCUAGCCACACCUGAUUCUCCUGUUACUCCAUAUACUGUGAACCGUAAAUCAGCGCACGAGACUUCGAUUCCCGAUCGCCCAAACACUGGCACUCCCGCUCCUUGGGCUCCUCGCUUGUCUGUUCUUGCUAGAAUUCCACCAGCCAACAAGAAUGAGAAGGGGGAUGAAUUAGAUCCAAUUAAGCCAGUGUUUGUUGGAGAGUUCCCACAAGUUGUUCAUGAUGAACAGACCAGUUUUCUGCGGAAGUGUCUUCCUGCUGAUGUUUGUAUAUCGGGUGGAAUGGAAAAGGGAACAUGCCUAUCAUGGAUUAUAUGUGGGAACAAAAUCUUUAUCUGGAGUUAUUUGUCAUCUGCAGCUUCGAAGAAAUGUAUUACUCUUGAACUUCCUUCUGAUGUUUUAGAGAAUGCAGAUGUUGGGAGAAAUUCCUAUCACUGUAAUAAUUGGUUGCUUACUGUUGUCAAUUGGAAUAGCACCUCGAAAGGAACAAACAAAGUUCCAAAGGAUUGCUACUCUGCUGGCAUUGUUUUGUGUAACCAAAAAACUCGAGCUGUUGUAUACUGGUCUGACAUCUUUGCUGAUGUGGGAAAUGCUCCUGUUACCAGUUUUGCAUCUUCUGAUGAAUCAUUGGUGACUUCUUCACCUAUUGAUGGCAACAACACCACAAGCAGGCAGCAGCAACGUAGUAGGCAUGGAAUGAGUUUUAUUGGUUCAAGUUCUUUCAACUCUUUGAUCGCUUCUGCAAUUCCCGGUACCCAACAUGUAUGUGUUGCCCUUGCGUGUAGUUCCAGUGGUGAGCUUUGGCAAUUUUACUGCAGCCCCAGUGGCAUUCAAUGUGAUAAAGUAUAUCAAAACAUACAAAAUUCCCAAGGCACUGGUAUUGGUCAACUUGUAGGAAGCAAGGGAUAUCCAAGGUCAAUGAUAUGGCGUCUUCGAUACUUUUCUGUUUCAGACCACAACCGACAAUUUCUCCUACUGACAGAUCGUGAAAUACAGUGUUUUAACAUCAAACUCUGUCCUGAUAUAGAAGUAUCAAAGCUUUGGUCACAGGAAAUUGUUGGUAAUGAUGGUGAUUUGGGUAUUAAGAAGGAUCUGGCUGGACAAAAACGAAUCUGGCCUCUGGACCUGCAAGUGGAUGAUCCUGGUAAAGUGAUUACUGUUCUUGUUGCCACCUUCUGCAAGGACCGGGUUAGCAGCUCAAGUUACACUCAAUAUUCUCUUUUGACCAUGCAAUAUAAGUCUGGGGUAAGGGUAAGCAUAUCCUCUGAUGUACAUGAAAGGGUUUUAGAGAAAAAAGCUCCAAUCCAAGUAAUAAUCCCAAAAGCAAGGGUAGAAGACGAGGACUUCUUAUUCUCCAUGAGACUUCAAGUUGGCGGCAAGCCCUCAGGAUCGACAAUCAUAUUGUCUGGUGACGGAACAGCAACAGUCUCCCACUAUUAUAGAAAUUCUACUUGGCUCUAUCAAUUUGACUUACCUUAUGAUGCUGGAAAAGUUCUAGAUGCUUCGGUUCUUCCUUCUACUGAUGAUGGGGAAGAUGGUGCAUGGGUUGUGCUUACUGAGAAAGCAGGAAUAUGGGCAAUACCAGAAAAGGCUGUUGUACUUGGUGGGGUUGAACCCCCUGAGCGAAGCUUGUCCCGCAAGGGGAGCUCAAAUGAAGGAUCUGCACAGGAAGAGAGAAGGAACCUUAUGUUUGCUGGCAAUGUUGCUCCUAGAAGGGCUAGUUCAGAUGCAUGGGAUGCUGGUGAUAGACAGCCACCUGUUAUGACUGGGAUUAUACGCCGAACUGCCCAAGAUGAAGAAUCAGAAGCUUUACUAGGUCAAUUUUUCCAUGAGUUUUUGAUAUCUGGGAAGGUUGAUGGAUCACUAGAAAAGCUGAAGAAUUCUGGGGCAUUUGAAAGGGAUGGAGAAACUAGUAUCUUUGUACGUACAAGCAAAUCAAUUGUUGACACCUUAGCUAAACACUGGACAACUACAAGAGGUGCUGAAAUUGUUUCUUUGGGUAUUAUAUCUGCUCAACUCAUGGAUAAACAGCAGAAGCAUCAAAAAUUUCUUCAGUUUCUUGCUUUAUCCAAGUGCCAUGAGGAGUUAUGUUCUGGACAGAGACAUUCUUUGCAAAUCAUCUUAGAACAUGGUGAAAAGCUCUCUGCAAUUAUUCAACUCAGGGAACUACAGAAUGUGAUUAGCCAAAAUCGUUCAACUGGAGUUGGCUCCACACAUUUAAGUUCUGAAACUCUAAUUUCAGGUGCUCUUUGGGAUCUUAUUCAGUUAGUUGGGGAGAGGGCCCGGCGAAAUACUGUCCUUCUGAUGGACAGAGAUAAUGCUGAAGUAUUCUAUAGCAAGGUAUCUGAUUUUGAUCAGGUGUUUUAUUGCUUAGAAAGACAUCUAGAAUAUAUAAUCAGCUUGGAGCAGCCAGUUGAAAUUCAGAUCCAAAGAUCUUGUGAACUCUCAAAUGCAUGUGUUACCAUAUUUCGAGCGGCGAUGGACUACAAAAAUGAGUAUCACCUAUGGUAUCCACCACCGGAGGGCUUAACACCUUGGUAUUGUCAACUGGUGGUGCGUAAUGGGCUGUGGAGCAUUGCUUCUUUCAUGCUUCAGCUGUUAAAGGAAACAUCGGAACUUGAUGUGUCAGCAAAAUCAGAACUAUAUUCUCAUCUAGAAGCACUAACUGAAGUUCUACUUGAGGUGUCCAGUGGUGCUAUCACUGCUAAAAUAGAGCGAGGAGAAGAACACAAAGGUCUUCUAAAUGAGUACUGGAGUAGAAGGGAUGCACUUCUUGAUUCCCUUUAUCAACAAGUUAAAGGUUUGGUAGAAGCUGGGAAUCAGGACAUAACUGAGAGCAUAGAAGAGAACAAUCAAGAAAUCCUAAGAAAACUAUCUUCAAGCUUGCUGUCAACAUCAAAACAACAUGAAGCCUACCAGACCAUGUGGAACAUAUGUUGUGAUCUCAAUGAUUCAGGAUUGCUCAGAAAUCUUAUGCAUGAGAGCGUGGGACCUAGAGGUGGAUUCAGUUACUUUGUGUUUAAGCAGCUUUAUGAAAAGAAGCAAUUUUCUAAGCUACUAAGGCUUGGGGAGGAAUUCCAGGAAGAUCUAUCUAAUUUCUUAAAUCAUCAUCGGGAUCUCCUAUGGCUUCAUGAAGUGUUUCUUCAUCAGUUUUCAGCAGCUUCAGAAACUCUUCAUAUAUUGGCUCUUUCUCAAGAAGAGGACUCUAUUUCAACCACUGAAGAUGAGACUGAUGCUGACCAUGCAAAUCCUGUACCAACUUUGGCUGACAGAAGACGAAUUUUGAACCUCUCCAUGAUAGCUGCCUUUGCAGGUAAGGAUCCUGACUCUCAGCCAAAAGUGAAACGAAUAGAAGCUGAUUUGAAGAUUUUGAGAUUGCAGGAAGAAAUUAUGGAAGUUCUUCCUACUGAUGACACGAUGCAACAUGUUGAAAAGCAUCUCCUUCGUCCUGAGGAGCUUAUUGAGCUGUGUCUGCAAAGUAGUAGAGAGCUAGCUUUGCAGGUUUUUGAUGUAUUUGCAUGGACUAGCUCAUCGUUUCGCAAGAGCCAUAGGAACCUUUUGGAAGAGUGCUGGAAGAAUGCUGCUGAUCAGGAUCCUUGGAGCCAGCUCUAUGAAGCGUCUGUAACCGAAGGGUGGAGCGACGAGGAAACCUUGCAACAGCUAAGUCAAACUAUACUUUUCCAGGCUUCAAAUAGGUGUUAUGGUCCGAAAGCGGAAACCAUUGAAGAGGGAUUUGAUGAAGUGCUGCCAUUGAGACAAGAAAACUUAGAAGCAGCCAGUCUGAAUGAUAAGCGUUCAUCUGUAGAAGCAAUAUUGAUGCAACAUAGGGAUUUCCCGUAUGCAGGCAAGCUAAUGCUGACUGCUAUCAUGCUGGGUUGUGUACAGGAUCAUGCCAAAAUAGAAGAGGGUCUUUCCCCAGUGGUAUGACACAUUAUUAGGCUAAGGACGAAAGAGAAAUUAAUUAAUCAUAAUAAUUUUCUUGAAAUUCCAAAAAA